UUUAUGAUAUCUGAAAUGAUUUCAAAAAUUAUUGUUGUUUGUUCAAAAACAUUGCUGACAUAAGUUGGGUUAAUUUAUUUGUGAAACCUAGUCAACAAUACUUUAACCAAACAGUUAAGUUCCUAGGGGUCUCAGGUUAGCUGUUUAUGGCUGUUUGCCCAUUGCUUUUAGCUUUCAAGAAGUUUCUUGUAACUUAGCACAAAUAUUUUUUUACUUUGAUAUUUCAAACUAUGUUUGCUUGUUUUGCAGAAAUGUCAACUGAGCCAAGCAGCAAAACGACAGAUAUUCCCAUGGAUCACCCAGUACAGUCAUCCCCACAAACCAAUGGAGUUAAUAUUCAGCAGAGCAGCCUUUCAUAUGGCUUUCAGGGUACAUCUGCAGCUGAACUGUUGCUAAACAUUGUUUCCGCGUCCCAAGCUGGCCAGCAAAACUCUAAGAAGAUGGAGGAUGAACCAUUUAGCAAUCUGUCCAUGGGGAAUAAUGGAGGAACAACAAUGGCGUUUACCAGUGUAGGGGAGGGUGAAGGGCCGUGUCUUGUUGUCCCUGAAAAACAUAACUAUAAUGACCAUGGUAAUGAGGGUAAUGCUCAAGGUGUAAACAGUCUGCAAACAAAUAUGUGCCCCGGUCUCAGUGUAAGUGUGAACAACUCUGAAAUCAUUUUGGUCAAAGCCGAUGGGACGCAAGAGACAGGUCCUUUCUUGAAUGGUAACAACAACAUGCUGCCUUUUGAAGGUCGAGCGGCAAGGGGGCAGGUAUCCCCAGAAAUGAACAUUGACAAGAGCCAUAUCUUGCAGAAUCUUCUGCAACAUAGUCUAGUCCUUCAGCAACAGCAUGGGUCAAUCUCGGCGUCUCGGCCUGGUUGCCCAAGGUCACAGUCAUCGGCAAGUCCGUAUACAGACUCAAACAUGAGUCCAUAUGACAUUUCUCAGCAUAACAUCUUGGAAACCGAGGGUAGCCAAAUGAGGCCACUAGGUGAAUUAGUAAUUCAAACUGAAAUGACACAAGCAACGUUGAUUAGAGGUACAGAUGGCUUGAGAUUAGACUCAUUCAAUGCUGACAAUAAUGCGGAAAAUGACAUUAAACCAAAGUUUGAAUGGGCCAGUGAUGACUUUGGGAAUAAGAGUAGGAAAGUGGCAAGACUUAAUUCAGACUGUGAUGCCUCAUCAGCGCUAUCACCCUCAGUUGACAGAAUAUUUAACCCUGAAUCAGCCAAUCAGGAAGUGCCCAGUGACUUCACGUUUACCAAGUUUGGUAUGAAGGGUGAGGAAUUGAACAUGCUGGCAUUUUCAAAUGACAAUAAUAAGAGUGAUCCUCAGCUACUACACAGAGUUGUGGACAAAGGAACUUUCAAGAAGCCUUCUCUUGUGCAUGACAAAAAACGCGGAGAGUAUCGUCGUUUAAAGGAGCCAAUUCUUUGCCAGACGUUCCCGACGAAGGCCCACGGCUGUGAACUAAAGAUCACUGAGCAGCCGGAGGAGCAGCAUCGAGCCCGCUACCUCACCGAGGGGAGCCGAGGGGCUGUGAAGGGCCGGAAUGGUUCAGGCUUUCCUGAAGUCAAGCUGUUUGGCUAUUCAGGACAAGCCACUCUCCAGAUUUUCAUUGGCAAUGACAGCGGUAAAGUGAGACCACAUGGUUUCUAUCAGGCCUGCAAAGUCAGCGGAAAAAACUCCACACAGUGUUCAGAGAAAGAAAUUGAGGGCACUAAUGUGAUUGAGAUAGACUUAUCACCUAGUACUGAUAUGUCUGCAACUGUGGACUGUGUUGGGAUCUUGAAGUUACGUAAUGCUGAUGUGGAGCAGCGUAUCGGACAAGUCAAAGCCAAAAAGAAGAGCACCAAGGCACGCAUGAUCUUCAGGGUCACGUUCCAGAAGUCCCAGGGCAAUGCCCAGAUACUUCAGGUCCCGUCGCAUACCAUUCUCUGCACUCAGCCUAUUGGUCAGCCAGAGAUCUGCAAGAUGAGCAUGAGGUCAUCUCAUGUAUCGGGUGGGGAGGAGUGUUACAUCAUCGGCAAGAACUUCCUGCGAGGUACCCAGGUCUUCUUCCAGCUUGUGGACAAUAAGUCAGACCUGGUGUGGAGCGCAGAGGGAGCCAUUGACAAGGACUACUUCCAGGCGACCCAUCUGAUUGUCACUGUGCCACGCUGUGAUGUUGACCUUGCGUCUGUGAGUGAUGCCCACUUUCAGGUCGUCAUUAACAGCAGCGGUAAGGUCAGCGAACCCAUGGAUUUCCAGUACACAACAGAUGAGGACCCCGUAACAAAAGUAAUGGAGCAAUUGCCUCAAACCAUUGAGGAUAAUGGUAGAAAAAGAAACUACCCAUUUGUUGCUCCAGAAGCCCUUGAGUUAAACUCCCAGAUAGUACAGAAGCCCGCCAGCAAUGGAGCGAAUACAAUGUUCCAACUACCCCCAGGUAUCAUAGCUGAUGUGAUCACGUCUACACACGAGAACAGCAAAUAUACCCCGAUGAAAGAGUCGCUUUCAGUGGCCCCUGCUUUGAAUCAGUCAUUAAAUCAGUCUGUGUCACAGGAAAGCUUUAAGUCACUCAAUACAAGCUUUUCUAUGAAUUCUAUCAAUGAUGACAGCUUGAACCUUUUUCAAUCAAUCGCGGAUACAAACACUUCUUGGGACUCCAAAGACUGCAGUAUGUUUCAGAAGUGUGGAAGUAAUGACGAUCUGGGGUUUCCUAGUUUAGACUUCAACUCGCACGAUGUUUUUGCGAGCCAUCCGAUGGAUACAACUGACAACAGCAUUAAAAUCAGCUCCCCAACAAGUGUCGGAUUUUUAUCAGAACAUUUUGGAAUUCAGAGUCGACCGGGGCAGUCAGUCUCCAACACCAGUGUUGUGUCACAGUUUCUGCAGAAUAUCUCUAUGGGGAUGAAGUCAUCUGACCCGAUGUUAAGUCAACAGCAGACUGUCAUGUCCAGUAAGACCAUGAGCGUCAGUGACACCAUCACUACACCUGCCUACAGCAAGCUUCUUAUGACGACGAAUACUCGCCACACGCCAGUAUCCACGCAGUGUAACUCGAUACUGAAGGAGGUGCUCACUUGUUCCCCUGCCAGUCUCAAUGGGCUGAGCUUUCCGAGUAGAGCUGUGUUACACACUAGCAGUCCUAGACCUACAGCAUUAAGGCAGGAGACUGAAAUGGAAUUGGAUUCAGCAUUAAAAUCGUUGUUUAUGAGUGACUUGGAUUCCAAGUCGAACUGUUCCCUCGGCUUCAGUGCAUUGAAGGCCAAUACAAUUGACCUGACACAGUCGAACCCCGGUAGCCCACUGCAUGGCAUGCCUUUCACGCCAGAUCACACUUUGCCUGGUUCACAUUCUGAUAUGCCAUUCUCACCCUCAGAUGUGCUGACACUGGUUAGCCAGGACCAGCAGAAAAAGGUUCAACAAGAACAUGAAAGUCAGGAAGGCUUUAGGGACUUAAACAGGGACCUGAUUGAAAGCCUGAUGCAGCAACGUCUUCAGCAGCAACAACAACCACAUCAGCAGCAACAACAUCUGCAACAACAAGGACAACAGAAGCAGUCUGAAGUUAUGGAACAGCAGGCUGGGCCGAGUGGAACACCUCAACAGGAGGACAGCUUUAUGCCCCAUCUCUCUGACCUAUCUGCACUGGCCUUGACCCCUCAUCAGCAUCAGAUCAUGUCAACCCACCCUCAGCAGGUGGCUUCCCCUUCUCAGCUACAGCAGCAGUACAUAGACGAUAUUGUGACCUCCCAGAGUUUGCAGACGCCCAGUCAGGUUCAGCAUGCCCUAGUACCAUCUCUAAUCAACCACUUGCUGUCACCCAGGCUUGCUGCCUCCCCAUCCCCCAUGGCACAAGUGCCAUCACCAGCACCACAGUUCCAUGGUCAACAACAACAACAGCAGUCAUCAGCAGGGUCACCCUUGCCUAUUGCCCCUGCUCCCUCCCCUGGCCAGCAGUACCACGGCAAUGCAACAUAUCUACAUCAACAACAGCAGCAACAGCAGAUUUCUCUCCCAAUGGUAGAGCAGGCAUGCUACAGCCAGCAGUCUGCAGGAUUGCUUGCAGGGGGUCCACAAAACAACUCCAGCACUAUGCCUCAAGCAAAUAAUUCCACACUUGCCACCACUAACACGCCUGCCCAGAACGGCACGAUGAUAGUUCCAACAAAUGGACCGCAGAUAAUUAUUUAUAACAACCCGAAUCAGAUGAGCCUAGGUGCACCAGGGAUGCAGGGGCAGUUUGGUGCUCAGCCUAGCAUUGUCAUCGUGCCUGGACAAGGAGGAAGUAAUAACCAGAUGGAGAACCUGCUUCGGUCAAUACUUGAAAGUAUGAUGCAGCCACAGCAGCAGUCUCAGCAACAACAGCCCCCACUGUGAUCUGGAUCUGUUUCUGAGAAAUCACUAGAUGCUUGAUGAGAUUAUUUCAGUCUUUUGACAAUAAUCUGUAUCACUAGGUGCUUGAAGAUGACAAAAAUAUUAUGAGACAAUAAUUUGCAUCCGUACAUGCUCAAAGACAACUAAGAAGAUCAUGAGAAUAAUAAAAUGCUUUAAGAUGACGAAGAAGAUCAUGAGAAUAAUAAAAUGCUUCAAGAGGACGAAGAAGAUCAUGAGACAAAAAACUGCAUCGUUAAAUACUUGAAGAAAACUAAGAAGAUCUUGAGAAAUUGAUCUGCAUCAUUAAAUGCUUGAAGAUGACUAAGAAGAUCUUGAGACAAUAUUCUGCAUUAUUAAAUGCUUUAUUAAAUCAGAAGAUCUUUAAACAAAAAUCUACAUUUGUAAAUGCUUUAAGAUAAUUCUAGUCUUGUGACAAUUAAAAUUGUUCACAAUGUGCUUUGUGGAGUAUUACAAACAGCUCUGACCAUAAUACUUGUGGGGAAGAUUCGAAACAGCUUUGACCAAAAUACUUCUGUGGAGUAUUUGAAACUGCUUUUACUGAAACACUUGUAUGUGAUAUAUAUUUAUGUUACAGUAUUACUACUGAAGUCAAACUUUUGUAAAAUGGUGUACAAGUGUCAGAAUAGUGUUUAGAGUCAUACACAUCAUUUCAACACUUUUGCCUAUGGCUGUUCAAUUUUCUAACUUUUCAUCUGUAUUUUGUGAACAUUCAUACAUGUCACAAAGGGACGUUUAUUGCAUGGCAGCUAUAUUCGAGUUUAAUAUCUGCACAACUGUUUAUUCACUUUUCCAUCUUUUUUUCCCCAUUUUUUUCUUUUAUAUUAUGAGUGCGAUAUUGUGUUUGAACAUGGUAUAUAAUGUUAGAAUAGGCUUCUGUGUUAAAUUGAUUGUGCACAUUAUGACUAGAUUUCGGUAUUGUUUAGUUCUUGACAAGAUUUUUCCAUUCUUGUAUAGCCCCAGCAACAGUAAGUUGUGAACAGUUUGAACGUGCAAUAACUGAAAGAUAAUAUUUUAAAGACUUAUUUAAUGCUUUUAACAAAAUACAGGUUGUAUCCAUCGUUGUAAUAAAAAAUCCAGUAUUACGCUACUCGCCGUUUCCAAUUCCGUAUUACCAUACUAGCCGGACUACUUCGACCCAUUUAAUGACGUCACAUUACACGCACCGAAAAUAUAAAUAUUUUAUAUUACGAAAUAUAUUACAUAGCACAUCGUGUGACGUCAUUUUUGUGACAAAACACAAUAUUUUUAUCUAAACUCUAAGGACAUGUAGGACGUGGUGUUUUAAGCAGUAAACUAGGUGUUAAAAACGUAUUUUGGAGUGUGUGUUUAUCAUGCAUAAAUGUAUAUUUCUAUAGGAAUACAAUGAAAUAGUGUGGUUUAAACUUAGUUUCCAUAAAGACAUGGAAGAUAGAAGUGGAAGUGCAUAUCGUUUAAACGUUUUUGUUAUAAACAUCGGAUUAAAGCUGUCAACUUAAUUGUUAUAAAAAUAGGAUUAACGAUGGCAUUGAGGUAAGCGUGUCGGAAACCUGUGUUUUCCCGUUUCGAAUGUUUACACGUUAACUUACAUAAACUGUAUUCAUACGUGUCUUAAAUAAACUAUGGCGUACCGUUUUAGUCAUUGUUUUGUCAGUUUUGUUAUAGUAAAAAAUACAUUUGUUAUCUGUUUUCGUUAGUUUUUGUAUAUAAUAAAAGGAAUAUUAUGCUAGUCAAUUGUUCCAAGAGUUUGUAUCACUUUUGUGGCUUGUGCUACUUCGCAUCACACUCGAGGCUCCGCCUCUCGUAUGAUAUGUCAUCACACAAGCCACUCGAGUGAUACAAACUCUUGGAACAAUUGACUAGCGUAAUAUUCCGUAUAUAUGCUUUGAUCAUUGUUUAAAGCUUCAACAAAGUUGUUCUAGAUUGUGCUUAACUGUAUAUAGUUGCAUAAGAUUGUGUUUAGUUGUACAAAUUUAAAUUUUCUAAUAAUGUUUAAUAGCCAUGUACUUCCAUAACCACAAAGCUUAAGUACUUGAUUCAGAAAAAUUUGUAUUAAUAGAAGUGAGUUGUUUUGUGUAACCCACGGCAGCUAGGAACAAGGGGUUAACCAUUGACAUCUCUGUCCAUGGACAGAAUCUUGAACAACGAAAUACUAUGUUGGUAGAGCAGGGGACUGCCAUCCCAGUAUUUUAGCCAUAUAAACUUGUAUGGAUAUGUCAUGAAAUCCUUUCUUCAGCCAUUCUUCUCCAACCUCUGUCCUUAAGGUAGCAAUGGUGUAAUGGAUAUGGUGUCCGCCUGGCUAUCGGGACAUCACAGUUUGAUCCCCACUGUGGGAGCGUUCUUUAGAUUUCCCCCAUAGACACCAAGUACUGGUUCUAGUCCCAGGAAAUGGACUCGAGAGCGUUUCAAAUAAGCCUUAGGCUUUCUAUGCAAUCAAGCUAAAACAAGAGAUUGCCAAGCAAUAUGGUCCCCUACCGGUGAAACUCCACCAUUGUCAGUAUUUUUUAUUUUUUGUUGUUGCCAUAGCAACCAGAUUUUUUGACAUAGGAACAAAAUGAAAUGACAUGCAUAAUCUCCAUAUUGCCAUCUAUCUAUGUUUCAAGUUUCAUGAAAAAUAUAAAGAACUUUUAAAGUUAUCGCAGGAUCCAGAAAAGUGUGACGGACUGAAGACUGACAGACAGACGGAGUGCAAAACAUAAGUUCUCUCCGGUUUCACCGGUAGGGGACAAUAAAUAGGUUUAAACUAACCUCUGUCCAUGACUGAUGAAACCAACUUACCAAGGAAAAGUUUGAGUUGCUUAUUUGACAUCCAAGAUAUGUCUAAAAUAUACUUGAAAAUGGCACACCUUCCCCCGCCCCCCCGCCCCCCAAAAAAAAAAAAAAAAGAAAAAAAGAAGAACAGAAACAAUAAAAAAUGGUUAAUCCACAGUGCCUGCCUUUUAUUUUAAUAUAUGAAUUUGUAAAUUUGAACUAAAAUGAUCCUUUGAUCCACAUGUGGGAUUGGGAGGGGGGGGGUUGUUGUCAUUGCUGUGAACACCUCCAGCUUACGCUGUGAUGCAUGACAUAUUCACUGAGUUUAUGUUAAUUGGUGUCCCCAAUUUCCCAACUGGUGAAAACCGUAACUAUAUUGUUUUCAAACUGUUUGGUGGUGCUUAGAUUUUUGGCUCUGUUGAAAUCUUAGUGCAGUUAGAGGUCUUAAAUUAAUGGUAAGACCAAUAAAGGAAAAUUAGAGACCCACCUAUUGUUUGGAUGACAAGAGAUUAUCUUGGUUGUAGUGUUAGCAAUGUUAUUGUACUUUUAAAACUUAACAAUUGACUUGAGAGACUUAGUGAUAUAUUUUGUUGAAUUCUAUUGAUGUCUGUUUCUAUUCUAAACAUAAGUGUUCAGUUGUUUGAUUGUUUUGUAUGUUACCCAAGACUUGCUAUUCCAGUUUUAUUUAAUGAGAGAAGAAUCAUGUGUGAAUAAGCUUGUUAUCAUAUGUAUAAAUAUAAUAGAAUUUGCCAGUUUAUUUUUAGACCAUGUUGAGACUUGUUGAUGAAAAUGUGGGAUUCUGACUUGCCAAAAGAAUGUUAGCAAAGAUAAAUGUUAUAUUAACAUGUGCUUAGAUAGAAAAUAUUACCAAUUUAAAAUACAUUAACACAUAAUAACUACAUUACAAAUAUUAUUAACUUACAUUCUGGUAAGGAUUAUUAUUCUGCAGAACAAAUCAGAAUUAUUCUCUAAUGUUUGCCUUUAGUGGCCUUUUUGGCAUGCAUGGUACAUGGCAGUAAGUGCUUCCGACUUCUGAGCAAAUCUUACAUACAAUGACAUGUAUCCCUUGGAUGAAUGUAUGCCAUUUUAUUGAGAACAUUCAAUUUAAGUUGAAUUUUGACUAAUUAUUAUUUUAUUUAAAGCGAUUAAAUGAGUGAUACAAUUUGUUAUGCUAUUAUUCCUAUUUGUGCCAAUAUUUCAAUGUUUUACAUAAGAAUUUAUUUUGCCUUGCU